AGCUCCAGAGUGAGAGGCUACUACAGGAGUGACCACACAGCUCAACUCUACAGCAGACACCAUGAGCACUCAGUUCAGCAAAGGACCCACCUUCGGACUGUCCGCUGACGUCAGGAAUAAGCUGGUGCAGAAAUAUGACCCCCAGAUGGAGGACGCCCUGCGCCAGUGGAUCCAGGAGGUCACCGGCAGGGUCAUCCCUAGCAACUUCAUGGAGGGACUCAAGGAUGGAGUCAUCCUCUGCGAGCUGAUCAACAAACUUCAGCCAGGAUCAGUACCGAGGAUCAACCAGCCGGCCCUCAACUGGCAUAAGUUGGAGAACAUCACAAGCUUUAUUCGAGCCAUUAGCGACUAUGGGCUGAAGCCACAUGACAUCUUUGAGGCCAAUGACUUGUUUGAGGAUAUGAAUCACACCCAGGUGCAGUGUACCCUCAUCGCACUCGCUGGAAUGGCGAAGACCAAAGGCUUGUACACUAAAUAUGACAUCGGGGUGAAAUAUACCUCCAAGAAGCAGAGGAGGUUCACCCCCGAGAAACUGAAAGAGGGAGACAGCAUCAUCUGUCAACAGAUGGGCUCCAACAAGUACGCCAGUCAGAAGGGCAUGACUUCUUAUGGCACAAGACGGCACAUUUAUGACCCCAAGAUGGGCAUGGAGAAGCCUGUGGACCGCAACAGCAUCCACCUCCAGAUGGGCACCAAUAAAUGUGCCAGCAUGUCUGGUAUGCCGGCCCUGGGCACAGUGAGGCAGGUGACUGAGAAGAACAUGAGUGUGGAGCCAAUGGACACCACCACUGUGUCCCUGCAAAUGGGAACCAAUAAAGUCCCCUCUCAGAGCGGCUUGACCCCAAUGGGCGGCUCCCGCCUAGUCUACGACCGCAAAUACUGCAGCCAGCGCGGCGAACAAGAGGCCUACGAUGGAUUCCAAUAGAGCCCUUCCUUAAACCCUCAAAGUACACAAGCUAUUUCAACUGCUUUUGGGUAUAACUGACCUUUCACACUGAUCUAGGUCCAGUUCUCUCUACUCAAAUUGGAAACAUCUGACUGUGGAUCAGCUUUGGUAGUUUCUGUUUUUUUUAAAUGUGACAGUUUGGCAAAAAUUAUAAAAAAAUAUAAUAAUAAAAAAACUAUGUUGCCCUUAUUCCAAAUGUAGCCAGUCAGUUUGGUGUCUGUAGUUUACUUCUUUAAUUUUGUACUCAGCUACGAGCUUAAUGUAGCUAACAAGUAAUGGAAGCAGUCACUGCUUUAGCAGUUGUGCUAACUGCAUGUUUACAGACUACAGUAAGCCAUUCAAUGUUAGAAACCACGUAAAGAAGUAUAUUUGAGAAUACUUAACAACUCAACAUGGUUUUAGGCAGGCUUGAGAUUAUUUAGGCAGGCUGUUUGUUUACUUUUAGGCUAAGCUUCCACUACUUGUUAGGUACAUUAGCCUCGUAGCUCCAGUGCAAAACUAAAGAAGCGAACUUCAGACACACCAAUCAUGUCUUGGCUGAUUGACCAUAUUUAGGGAAAGGGGGAAAAACUGUCAAUGACAUUUCUGGCCAGCCCAUCACUUAAAUUAAUACAGACACUGCCUAAACUGGUCUUUGGUCAGCAGAAGACUACAAACUUCUAUCUUGUCCAGUUGAAGGUGCCUUGUUUACAGUGAUAUAGGACGAGCUCAAUCUAUUUAAUUCCUUAUUUCAAACAGUAAUGAGACCCAGACACCCAGUUUUCUUAGAUCAGUGUGAAAAGCCAACUUCUACCAACACCAGGCUUAUUUGAGCUCUAGCAGAAUUGACAGAAUGUGAUGGGCUGAGCUGCUGUUUUAUGGAAGAGUCACUGUUAGCAUUUCUGGUUUUGCAUGUGCUGGUAAUAUAAACAUGUGCUAUCGGUUUUGGUGAGUAUAUUUGAUGAUUCCUCACAGUUAAACCAAAGAGGCCCACUAAGCUGAAGGCACUUAUGUUGUCACUAUGCAGUAAAAUGUGGCUAAUAGAUAAUAAACCUUUAAAAGUCCCAGAUUUAGCUUUAUCCGCCUCGUCCAAAUCUCUCUUUUUUAAUUAGUUUAAUACAAAUCACCAGUAUUUACAGCACAUUUACACAUUUUAUUUGUCACAGAUAGCAAAAGUGAAGCUGAAUAUUUAUUCUAUCUUAGCCUGAUUUUUACACAUUGACAGUGUCAAUAAAACUUAGUGCCUGCUGCUGACCCUAUGCUGUCCAGUGCUUAAAAUCUUCCUGCAGCAUGAAAUUGGAAAGAAACGAUCUUCAUUGAAUGUUUCAAAGUAGCACAUUCCACAAAAAAUGUCUUUAAUGUGAUGCAAUAUUAAAGUGUCUUUUUACGUGCAAACAAUGCAUUC